CGUGUGUACUUACAGUGCGACCGUUGCCGUGUCGUCGUCGGUCGCAAGCACCAUCGCGUCGACUACCACUGUAGCGCCUAGCUCGGGAACCACUUUCACACACGUCUAGCGGUCUGUCGUGGUGUUACGGCAGCAAAUGCCGCGCGGCCUGUGCUGCUGCAGCUGCUUGGCGGUGAAAUGAUGUCCCACUCCGUGACGUAUUGUCGUUGGUCAAGGACGUAGUUUCUCAGCGGUUCAGUGAUAUACAGCCUCCGUUUUCGCAUACGUGCAGCAGACACGGACACAGUUUGGGCAUUGUGGCAAGAACGCACACAGCGCGUAGUGCCAAACAAAGCGAUAAACAGCAACAACAUGGUUUACUCUUCUAUCCCUCUAGAGUAUACAAUGCGUGAUUAGCACCGAGCAGGGAACUCGGUUUUUGGUGGUGUAUUUGAGUGAGCGACCGCGUGUUUACACAAAACAGUGCCAGAGCAAAGGCGACUAGUUACGCAGAACAACAGAAACGAUCAGUGUGCGUUUUUAACGGAACCCCGGCAUACGACCGCAAUGAAGCAGGAGCUGGCCGUGGGUAUUGUUGGUGGGUUCGUGGACGACGACCGGGAUGUUUACAUGAUCGAGGGAAAGGACACGAUCAUCGACAUUAUCCGGAUGCAGCAGCAGGCCGAUCUUUGGCAAACCCUGUCAGUGGAUUUGGUCGACUGUGGACCGGGUAGCCGCGAAGGCGACAACUACAUGUCGGUCAUCAAACGCGUGGUGGCUCACUGUAAGGCGAAAUCAUCGGAUGGACGAAAUCAUGUAUUUAAGAUUUCGCUGAUAUUUAAACGUCAAAUCACAAACCCAAACCGGCGAAUGCUAUUCCGGUGCGAUGCAGCGUUCGAGAACGAAAUCACCGCCUAUGCCAGCAUCAUUCCCGUCCUGCAGCGGAUAGCCCCGUACGAUCUGCCGUACCCGAAGUGUGUGACAGCGGGCAGUGACGAGUACGGUGAUCGGAUUGUGCUCGAGGAUCUUACCACCAGCGGAUAUGCGAUGGUUGACCGGCGGACCGGUCUCAGCUUCGGCCACUGCAUGGCCGUCAUGAAGGAACUGGCCAAACUGCAUGCAGUCUCGCUGGCACUGAAACAUGAGCAGCCACGCGAGUUUGCCGAUGUCUGUUCGAAGGUACGCGAGAUUGUGUACUGUCCCGAGGCGGCCGACUUCUACACACAUUCCCUCGAGUCUUCGUUGCGCGGUGCGCUGGAUAGUCUGCGAUACAGCAACAACAAUGGUGAUCUGGAUGGACCGAUUCGUGCGGUGGAGGGAUUAACCGGUCGGCUGUAUCGCAUCAUGUGCGGACUCGUCUGUAACGGUAUGGAUGAAGCGUGGCGCGUCAUCUGCCACGGUGACACCUGGGUGAACAAUCUGAUGUUUAGUGCCGAUUGCCAGCAUGUCCGGUUGAUCGAUUUGCAAACGAUGCGCUGCACGACACCGGUGCUCGACAUCCUUCAUCUGCUGUACACGAGUACGGAGCGCGAUAUGCGCCAGCAGCAUGUUACCGACCUGCUACUGCAGUACCGCCAAACAUUGCUCGAAGCGCUGCAGGAACACUUCGACACGUUCCACGAACCCGCGGCGGCGGCAUCCUUGCUGCGCCACUUUACCGAACUGUUCUCGUACCAGCGGUUGCGGGCCGAGUACGAUCGGUGUCUACCGUACGGGUUGGGUAUUGCGAUGUGGCUGCUGCCGGCCGUUACCUUCAACCCGGACCAAAUACCCGACCUGGACGCGGUUACAAUCAACGAUUUCAAAACGAAAAAACACGACAAAAGGAUCGCCCAGAUCGUUUCGGCCAACUACCACACGCGAACGCGCGACAUUGUGCUGGAAAUGUACGAGCAGGGUGUGCUGCAGCGGCUCCAAACGGAGUUCAUCUAGAUGCCGAACGUAUUAUCUAAAGGGCGUACCGUUCAUCCGAUGGGCGCGUGUGUUGCCAGAAAGUGUCGAGAGGCACGGAACGGACUUUGUUGCGGGUAGCGAAUUCAAGGGCUUAGGGAUUAUAGAGUCAGUUGACGCUCCGGUCGGAUCCGCACCGUUGUACAGUGUUUAUGUUAUGCUUUAGUUAGUUUAGAAAGAACAACAAAACCGUAGAAUUAGUUCGUAUACGUUAAUAGUGCGCAUUUGAGGCGCGCGUAUGUGUGUCUGACAGCCGGCUCACCACGCGAACAGCCUCCCGGGUGGCUUAAAGAGGAGAGAUACAGUGCAAUAACAAAAAAAGCAAUGUUUAGCAAAUUCAGCUGCGAUAGGCAUCGACUAGUGCCUGGGGAACCUUUAAUAGUUAUUAUUGUGCGAUUGCGCAAUCCCGCAAACAACUCGAUCGACAGACGUGUGAUAGCGUACGUAUACCACUAGAGAACGCCAUGAAAGAUCGAUCAAUCGUACCGCUGAAAUUUGCCUACGUUUUGCAAUCGCGAGUUUCUCGUGUGCCACGUGUGUGCCCUUCUUCAGCCUUAAGACAGAUUAGGGAAGCAGGGGUGGGCUAGAUGUUACCAAUUAAACCUGUUGAUGCGAUAAGCCCGCUAGUGUAAGAUGACCUGUUUUUGUUGGAUUCAAUAAACAGCUGUU